AUGGCCAAAAUGCGCAUCCCUAUCCGCGAGCAAUUGGGCUGUUUGGUGCUGCUGGCCUCGACCAUAGGCCUGGCCGUCGUCGCAGUCGCAACAUGGCUCACCAACCACGAUUUCGUCCUCAACAUACGAUCGACUCGCCUUACGUUAACCGCCUCGCUCAAAGCCGCACAGCUGUCCUCGAACCUGGCCCUCAUGCAAAUCCUCGUCCAACAAGCAGCGAACCGUCUUUCUCCUCAGGCUGCGCUCGGUCGCUACUAUCUUGGUAACAACUCGAUAGAGAACUGGUCCCGCGUCGAGGAAGACUACGAUGCCAUCUUCUCGGGCGAUGUCCGGACCCGCAUCGCUGUCCAGGCCCAGAUCUUUCCCUUCAACUCGUCGGCCCGCGCACUCUUCCGCCGUACCGCCGUCACGAUGAUGGAUGUCGUGCUCCCUGUCCAGAAACCAGACGGCCAAAAUGCAACACUGGGCGACCCUGAUUAUGGCUACAUACCUGAACUCUAUCCUAAAUUUACUGUCGAGUCUAUUCCGUUCAACUCGUCUUUCAACACCUUCAAGGCGCAUUUUGAGGGGAGGACUAUCGAUAACACGAGUUAUCUCUUGCUCGGCCCGUAUCGCGUCAAUGACUCUCUUAGCCUCGUCUCCAUUACCGCGCCCAUCAUUAACAACACGUCCAACAUCGAUACGCUAGGAUGGCUCACGACCGUUCUGGACGCCUCGCUCAUUUCCAAUGUUGUGGAGGCUAUUGAUGGCCUAGACAAGAGUGGGCUGACUCUCCUUUUUGGCCCCAACAACGUUACCAACGUCUUUCCAUCAAACUACAUGUACGAUGCCCCGAAUCCGACACCCCCCGAAAAAAUGCUGGUACGUUUUCUUGUACCGCCAACGUACAGAGCCGGCAUACAGCGACAUGGCAAAUACGAUACCGAACUUGAACUUUCUCCUUUUGACUGGUCCGAAUACCCGGCCAUCCGCAAAGGCUUCACCCAGGCCACCGGCGCUACUAGUAAUGCUGGUAGCAUCGUUCCUACGGUGAAUGAGGUAGGCGACAAGGUUGCAGUUGGAUACGCUAUUGUCCGCAGCCCCAUGGUGGAUUGGAUGGUUGUAGUUGAGCAGACGCGUAAGGAGGUCUGGGAGCCCAUCAAUCGUCUUCGGAAUAUCAUCCUCGCCUGUGUUUUUGGUACUAUUGGUGCCAUGCUGAUUGCUGCAUUCCCCGUCGCGCAUUAUUCGAGUCAGCCAAUCCGACGGCUACGAGAUGCUACGAAGAAGACGGUCUCGCCUUCGGUGUUUGAAGAUGACGACUCUAGCUCGCACCAUGAUGGCGGGCCCGAUGGCUCAGAUGACGCAGCACUGGCUCGCAAGGAAGGCUUCUUUGGCCAGAUUAUCCAUUAUCGCAGAAAUGCAAAACUUAACAAGGCAGAAAGAAAGGAGGCAGAGAGGCGUAGGCAGUUCCGCAUCCCGAGUAAAGUCAAGGACCGCAAGCACUUUAUCCACGAUGAACUUACCGACUUGACCACCACCUUCAACGAGAUGACGGACGAACUCAUGAUGCAGUAUGAAAAGCUUGAGGAGAGAGUAGCACAGAGAACGGCAGAGUUGGAGCAAAGCAAAAGAGCUGCAGAGGCUGCGAAUGAGAGCAAGACUCUCUUCAUUGCAAACAUUUCGCACGAACUCAAGACGCCGUUGAACGGUAUCCUGGGUAUGUGCGCAGUCUGCAUGUCAGAGGACGACCCGGUCAAGUUGAAACGGUCUUUGGGUAUUAUCUACAAGAGCGGAGACUUGCUGCUGAAUCUAUUGACGGAUCUCUUGACUUUUAGCAAGAACCAGGUCGGACAGCAGUUGAGCUUGGAUGAGAAGGAGUUCCGCUUGCGAGAUGUCAGCUCACAGGUCUUGGCUAUUUUCGACAAGCAGGCAAGAGAAGGUGGCAUCAAGUUAGCCGUGGAAUUCGAAGGGCCGUACGAAAACAAUCUGGAUGACAACGGGCGGCCCAAUGAGCUACGCGAUCUCGGUCCUUUUGGGCUUGGCCGGUUGAAGGACAUGAUUCUGUACGGAGAUCAGCAUCGAAUACUGCAGGUGGUCAUCAACCUCGUGUCCAACAGUCUCAAGUUUACGCCACAGGGCGGCUCGGUCACGCUCACGAUCCGAUGUCCCGGAGAAGCCCGCAUGCCAGACAGCCGCAAGGCUUCGAUACAGUCACGGCAAAGCUCGGCACGCAACUCAAAGGCGCGGGUAAGAACUUCGGCUUCGGAAAUUGGAUCGGUGUCAGUAGCCACGCCGAAUCGCUACGAUACUGCAAACACAAUCAACGUCACGGACAAGGGAAAUGCGUAUUCGCAUUACAUGCUUCAAGAGCGGGCUGCGACGCCGCCACCUGGGCGCUGGCUGACGUUUGAGUUUGAGGUUGAAGACACUGGACCAGGUAUCCCUGACCAUUUGCAUUCCAAGAUCUUUGAACCUUUUGUCCAGGGCGACCUGGGCCUGAGCAAGAAGUUUGGAGGCACUGGUUUGGGUUUGAGCAUCUGUUCGCAACUCGCGGGCUUGAUGAAGGGCACGAUUGGUCUGAAGAGUGAAGUCGGCCACGGAAGCGUGUUUACCAUGGUCAUUCCACUGAAGCACGUAGCCAGCCGCGCAGACAGCAGCGCUAGUUCGAGGAUUGUUAAUACGGAAACUGGAACCCCGCGGCGGAGCAUGUCGAUCGAGGACACCCCGCGUCGUCGAUCCCAUGACGAUGCACGGUCGGCCCGCUCGUUGCGUUCCGGGGCUAAUAGCCCUAUUAGCGUCGCUACUUCGGCCGCUACCGCACCACCGGGUCCAGUGUCUUUUGAGUCGGACAACCAACCCCGUCUUGUUGGUCUCAGUCAUCCCUUCUUUGCCUCGAACAAGCCGUUGGAGUCACCAAACUCACAGGUAGCAGCCAUGAAGCGCGUCGAGGCCGAAGCAACGAAACGCGGUGAUAAGGUCAAGGUUCUCGUCGCCGAGGAUAACAAAACCAACCAAGAAGUCGUCUUGCGCAUGCUCAAGCUCGAAGACGUCUACGACGUAACCGUUGCAAAGGACGGCCAGGAAGCCCUCGACAAGGUCAAGGAAAGCAUGGAACGCCAGGCCCCUUACAACCUCAUCUUCAUGGACGUGCAAAUGCCCAACCUCGACGGUCUCCAGUCCACACGUCUCAUCCGCCAAUCCGGCUUCUCGGCCCCCAUUGUCGCCCUCACCGCCUACGCGGAAGAAAGCAACGUCAAAGAAUGUCUCGACUCGGGCAUGGAUUUCUUCCUCUCCAAGCCUAUCCGUCGUCCAGCACUCAAACACGUGCUCAAGACUUACUGCCAGACGAUUCCCGAAGAGGCGGAAACUACGCCCCCGAAUUCCGUAGCCGAUCUCUCGGCCGCAAAUGGGACUACAAAGGCCGUGGCAAAAAUGGCCGACGCCAAACCGUUUGCUGCCCCGUCGUCGCGUGUGGCUAAUGGCCUUGUUGCUGCGGAUGCCGAUACGCCGUCGCCUAUGACGUCGCCGUCGCCUGCUGGGUGA